AUGAAAGCUACGGUCAUCGCGAGUGUCGUCCUCGCAUCUCUCGCUCGCCACGCUGCCGCUGCCGCUGCGAUCCCCGACCAGAUCUACGGUGUCAACAUCGGCUCAUGGCUCGUUCUUGAGGCAUGGAUGCUUCCCAACGAGUGGACUGCCAUGGGUGGCAACACCUCUUGCUCAUGCUCUGACGCCGGGUGUAUUGGCGAUGAGUUCAAUUUUGCCAAGGCAUACCCUGACACUGUUGACGCCAUCAUGAACACGCACUGGGACACUUGGUUCAACCAGAGCCACGUCGAUACCCUCGUCAAGUACGGACUCAACGCUGUCCGCGUUCCUCUCGGCUACUGGAUCGUUGAGCGCCUCGUCGACCGGACGACCGAGUACUACCCCAAGGGUGGUAUUCUGCAGCUCCAGCGCGGCCUCAAGCAGCUCAAGGACGCUGGUAUCGUUGCCAUCCUUGACCACCACGCGCUUCCCGGCGUCCAGACUGCGAACCAGCAGUUCACUGGUCGUUGCACGUCCGACGUCCAGUUCUACACCGACUACAACUACCAGCGCGCGCUCACUUGGACUGCGGUUAUGACUGCUAUCUCCCACCUCGACCCCGCUUUCGGUUCUGUUGCAGGCAUCGAGGCUAUGAACGAGCCUAUCAUGGAUUCCAGCAAGACCCCCGGCUACGGCACUUUCCAGCAGAACUACGUGCAGACCAUUCGCGCCAUGGAGGCAAUGAUGGGCAUUGGUCCCUCUUUCCUCGACAUCUCCGUCGACGUCUCCCAGUCUUCUCCCAACGUCACGGCCGCACUCUCCGCUGGCGUAUCCAAGUCCACCCAGCUCAGCGACAUGACCCGCAAGGCCCUCCUCGACUCGAUCCCGAUCCUCGUCGAGCUCAGCACCCAGCUCGAAUUCUCUCUCCUUGGCUCUGCUCUCUCCGCUCAUGGGAAGGAACCGCUUGUCGCGAGCUUCAUGGACGCCACCUGGCAGUGGGGCAACCGUUCAAACCCGGCGGACGCCGCGAGCGGGCCGAUGGGCUACGACAACCACCUUUACUACGCGUGGGGCGGUGUCGCGGACCCGAACGAGGAGGCCUACAUGACGAGCAGCUGCAACCUGCCCCGCGUCGCGGACGACCUCGCCCUGAACAACACCCCGCUCUGGUUCGGCGAGUGGGGCCUCCCCACCCAGUUCAGCGCCACGGACGCGUUCUUGACCAAGUGGGCGGACGCGCAGAAGUUCGCGUACUCGAAGGGCCGGGGCUGGUUCUUCUGGAACUUCCGCACCGAGAAGAACGGGGACCUUGGUCGUCAGUGGUCGUACUUCGAGGGCGUUGAGCGCGGUUUCUUCACCGAGGACCCGAAGGCUUACAACGACCCCAACGUCUGCGUGCCGUACAUCGCUGGCCCUUCUUCCAGCAGUGCGGCCGCGUCUGCGACCUCGGCGUCCGCGAGCUCCUCGGCGUCCGCGACGUCCUCCUCGGUCGAGUCCUCGACCUCCACGGGUGAGGCGUCCUCCGUCGCUUCCACGGUCGCUUCCACGACCGCGGCUUCCUCUGCUGCCUCAACGGCAUCGACGUCUUCCGCCUCGACGACUUCGGCUUAA